CUGUGAGCCCUCCAUGUUCAAAAGGCAAAAGUCCUUUGAAGUUUCCAAAAGUCAGGAAAUCCUGACUUUUUUUUCCCAAAAGUCCUUUUCAAUAAGUUGAAAAUAAGCUAAGCCAAACAUGCACAAACUCAAAAAUCAAACAUUGUUAACUGCAAAUCAAUCGUUUAAACCCCAAAACAUCUGUUCUCUUGCUUCAGCCUUAUCAAAUCUUGAUGACGACCAGUCAAUUCAUCAAUCCAAUCGCCAGAAAACCCCAAUUCUCACUACCCAAAUUCAAGUUCAUCAACCAUCACAUCCGGACCCAAAAUUCUACAUUUCCGCCCUAAUUAACUGCAAAAAUCUUCAACAGAUUAAACCCCUUCACGCCCAUUUAUCCAUUAACGGCCUGAUCAAUGACCCAUUUUUAAUUAACAAGCUUUUAUAUAUGUAUGUACGUUACAAUGCUCUUGAUGAUGCACGUAUCCUGUUUGAUAAAAUGCCUGAAAGAAACCCGGUGUCUUGGAGUGUUAUGAUUGGUGGGUUUGCUAAAGCUGGUAGUUAUAUAAACUGUUUUGACAUAUUUAAAGAAUAUUUGAGGUCUGGACAACGGCCGGAUGCAUACACCUUGCCCGCUAUCACACGGGUUUGUCGCAAUACGCAGGAUUUGAAAAUGGGUAGAGUGGUUCAUCACGUCGUGUAUAAAUUUGGGUUGCAUAUGAAUGCUUUCAUUUGUGCGGCACUCGUGGACAUGUAUGCAAAAUGUGGUGUUAUAGACGAUGCACGAAAGUUAUUCGAUACGAUGAAAGACAAAGACCUUACAACAUGGACUGUUAUGAUUGGUGCAUACGCGGCUUGUGGAAACGCUGCUGAGUCGUUAGUUUUGUUUGAUCAGAUGCAGGAACACGGCGGGAUUGUGCCUGAUAAGAUUUCCAUGGUGACGGUUGUAAACGCGUGUGCGAAGUUAGGUGCCAUGAAUAAAGCUAAAAUGAUACAUGAUCUUAUACAGAAACAACACCACUCGUUAGACGUGAUUCUCGGGACUGCAAUGAUUGACAUGUAUGCGAAAUGCGGCAGCAUUGAUUCCGCACGUGAGAUAUUCGAUAAAAUGAGAGAUAAGAACGUUAUAACAUGGAGUACGAUGAUUGCAGGUUAUGGGUAUCACGGGCAAGGACAAAAAGCACUCGAAUUGUUUCCUUUAAUGUCAAAAAACCGAAUCAAACCAAACAACGUCACCUUCGUUUCACUUCUAUAUGCUUGUAGCCACUCGGGUUUAGUUGAAGAUGGUCUUAACAUUUUCUCAUUGAUGCAAGAACAGUACUUUGUAAAACCGGACGUGAAGCACUACACGUGCAUGGUUGACUUAUUAGGCCGUGCGGGAAAACUAGAUCAAGCUUUCGAUAUGAUUGAAAACAUGAAGGUUGAGAAAGACGUAGGUUUAUGGUCUGCGUUACUUAGCGCGUGCAGAAUAUAUAAUCACGUUGAAAUGGCACAAAAAGCAGCCGAAUCUCUUCUCGAAAUCCAGCCUCACAAUCCCAGUCAUUACGUCAUGCUUUCCAACAUUUACGCGAAAGCAGGCAAGUGGGAAAAUAUGGCAAAAAUUCGCGCACAAAUGACCAACCAAAACCUUAAAAAGACACCGGGUUUUACAUGGGUCGAAGCGCAAAACAAGGUCCAUAAAUUCAGCAGUGGCGAUCACUUGCAUUGUGAAUCUAACAAGAUUUAUGAGAAGCUUACGAGUCUGGUACGGAAACUGGAGGAUUGUGGGUAUGUUCCUGAUACAGAAGUUGUUCUGCAUGAUGUGAAUGAGGAGCUUAAAUUGGGAAAUUUGUAUGCGCAUAGUGAGAAGCUUGCGAUUGCGUAUGGGCUUAUAAGUACACCCGAGGGGACAGUGAUCCGUAUGACUAAGAAUCUUCGAGUGUGUGGCGAUUGUCACACGUUUAUGAAGUUCGUGUCGGUUGUUGAACGAAGGGAGAUCGUUGUCCGGGAUGCAAAGAGGUUUCACCAUGUCCGGGAAGGUGUUUGUUCUUGUGGUGACUAUUGGUAGUAAACCAUUGAUUAUUGAUCAUGGUUAAGAUAUCUUUUAUCUUUUUAUAUAUAUUUUUUUUGAACGGCCAACAAACUCAAUCCCGAGCACUCUCGGGGCACCCACUGGACAAACGGAGUACUCCGAGAGUAACCCGAG